AUGCCCCUUCAACAGCCCUUCGAGACUGGAGCACCAGUUAUUCAGAACCCAGCAGCCUCUUUGGACGAAAACCUUGACAAGAUCCCUGAUAAUGUUACCAGCGAUGAGCCCAAGCGGAUGGCCAUCAUCGGCAUGUCUUGCCGCCUGCCAGGAGACGUUUCGACAGCCGAGGAGUUCUGGGACCUCUGCUCUCGAGGCCGAAGUGCCUGGUCGCCAAUCCCAAAGACCCGAUUCAACGCUGAUUCCUUCCAUCAUCCUGAUCCUGAUCGACCGGGCUCCUUCAACCCAGUAGGUGCCCACUUCCUGACAGAAGACAUUGGCCUAUUCGAUGCACCGUUUUUCAACAUUACACUCCAAGAGGCACGAUCAAUGGAUCCGCAACAGCGCAUUUUCCUUGAAUGUGUGUAUGAAGCGCUUGAGAAUGCUGGGAUCCCGAGCCAGGAUAUCACCGGCCAAAGGGUGGGAGUGUUUGCAGGCGGGUCAUAUUCGGACUACGAAAUCAACAACACCAGAGAUAUCACAGCUAUCCCCAUGUAUUGUGCAACUGGAACGGCUAUGGCAUUGCAGGCGAAUCGGGUUUCACAUUAUUUUGACUUGAACGGGCCCAGUGUUACGGUUGACACAGCUUGCUCUUCCAGCUUGUCUGCUCUGCAUCUGGCUGCUCAGAGUAUUCGGAACGGUGAAUGUUCAAUGGCGAUUGUAGGAGGAUGUCACCUGAAUAUAACCCCCGAGCCUUUCGUCUCGAUGACACGUUCCAGACUACUCGCUGACACUGGUCGCUCAUAUUCAUUUGAUCACCGUGGCACUGGCUUUGGUCGCGGUGAAGGUGCUGGAUGUAUUAUAUUGAAAUCUCUUGAGGAUGCAGAGGCUGCUGGCGAUGCCAUCCGCUCUGUGAUUAUUAACAGUGGUCUUAAUCAAGAUGGACGGACCAGAGGUAUUGCAAUGCCAAAUGGCAAGGCACAGGAAGCACUGAUGCGUCAAGUCUAUGAGGAGGCACGCAUCGACCCAUCAUUGACAGGAUUUGUGGAGGCUCACGGCACAGGAACUAAAGUUGGUGAUCCCCUCGAAGCCACUGCAUUGAAUGCUGUAUUUGGAAAAGGACGGACUCCACGCCAACCGUUGCUUGUGGGGUCUGUGAAGUCCAACAUUGGUCAUACAGAAGGAACGAGUGGUGUUAUUUCUGUGAUAAAAACGACCCUCGCACUUGAGAGAGGGUUUGUACCCCCAAACUGCAAUUUUGAGAAGGCCAACGAUAAGAUACCAAUGGAGAAGUGGAAUAUGAAGGUUCCCAACAAGCUGACGCCAUGGCCGCGUGGCAAACCGUAUGCUAGUGUUAACAACUUUGGCUUUGGCGGGACAAAUGCCCAUGUUAUUCUACAGCGUGGGCCCCGACACGGAGGUGACCUUGCGGCAAACAAUGAUCCUCUGAAGCGCAAGUUGUAUGUUGUCUCUGCAUACCAUAAACAAGCUGCUAUCCAACUUGGAAAAUCGAUUGGAGCGUAUCUAGAUCUCUACCCAGUGGUUUUCAAUGACAGCACUCUGGAUAACAUGGCCUAUACACUGGGACAGCGACGAACAUUCCUGCCAUGGAGAUUGGCGUCUUCUGCAAUCAUUGGACAGGAGCUGACUGCAUCGCUGUCUAUUGACGCAGUGCCUGUUCGUUCUUCCAAAGAACCUACUGUCGGCUUUGUGUUUACCGGACAAGGUGCGCAAUGGCACGGUAUGGGCAAGGAACUCCUGAGCACCUACCCGGUUUUCAAGCAGACCAUGAAAGACGUCGACGCUUGCUUGAAAUUACUCGGUGCUCAGUUCUCAAUCAUAGAUGAAUUGCUCUUGACUGACCCUAGCGCAAGCUCUAUCUCUGCCGCAUACAUGAGCCAGCCUGCGUGUACCGCAGUCCAGUUAGCAUUAGUUGACUUGCUCUCAUCCUGGGGUAUUCGUCCCAAGGCAGUGGUGGGCCAUUCUAGCGGAGAGAUUGCAGCAGCCUAUGCUGCAGGCAUUCUGAAUCUCGAAGAAUGUGUUCGCGUGGCGUAUUCUCGUGGUGUCGCAGCAAACCUAGUUGCAAACGACAAGUCUAUCAAGGGAGGUAUGUUGGCAGUUGGAGCUAGCGCCUCAGAUAUUCAGCAAAUCCUAGAUGCUAUGCGAGGGAAUCAGGCUGUUAUUGCCUGCGUGAACAGUGAGUCAAGCGUGACUCUGUCUGGAGAUGCGGAGGUUAUCACCGAUCUGCAGGCUGCCAUGGACAAAGAAGGGAUCUUCACCCGGAGACUGCAGGUUGAUGUUGCUUACCACUCUCAUCACAUGAAGCUAGUAUCACGGGAAUAUCGGACCCUGCUCGGCAAGAUUGCGCCUCGGGACUCCGAGGUUCCAUUCCACUCGACGGUUCAUGGAAAAUUGAUUCCAGGAAGCUCUUUGAAUGCCUCCUACUGGGUCGAUAAUUUGGUUUCCCGUGUGGAAUUUGUGGAGGGCCUCAAGAGCCUUGUGACCGUCGAUGAGGGGAAUACACCUAUCAGUACAUUGAUUGAAAUCGGCCCUCACCCUGCCCUGCAAACACCAGUCAAACAAAUCGCCCAAAAAUAUGCCUCAAAUUCCAAUGUGCAAUACCUCCACACCUUGAAACGCAAAGUAGAUGACAUCGAGGCCGUCCAAAACCUCGCUGGCUCACUGUUUACACAGGGUAUGAAUCUCAAUUUCCAGGCCAUCAACUUCCCGAACUUGAAAACAACUUCAAGGAAGCCAGCAGUUUUGACAAAUCUGCCUAAAUAUCCGUGGAACCACACAGAAAGAUACUGGUUCAGCUCACGGAUAGGUGAUAACCAUUUCCAUCGCCAAUUCCCCAGGAGUGAUAUCCUUGGCUCAUUAUGUAUGGAGAAUGUUGACUUUGAGCCUCGAUGGAGGAACAUCAUUCGUGCAGAUGACCACCCUUGGAUCCGCGAACACAGGGUACAUGACAGCAAUGUGUAUCCAAUGACCGGAUUUUUGGCCAUGGCCAUGGAGGCUAUCUCACAACACGCAAAGUUAUACCAUAUUACUCCUGGAAAGAUUGAUCUUCGCGAUAUCUUCAUUAGCCGUGUUCUCACCAUCCCGGACAACUCAUCCGUGGAGACAAUGCUCUGCUUGAAACCAUCCCGAGCAGAAGCUCCUAGCAAAUCAGUCCUCGGCUGGCACGAGUUCAAGGUUUUCUCGUGGGCCGAGGGUCGCGGGUGGGACCAACACUGCAAUGGUUUCAUCAUGGUGCAAGAAGCCAAGGAUGUCAAUCCUGUCGAUGGGUCUCGGCAGCAGCUCGACAAGACUGUACGAUUCACGCAACAAUCAUUGAACAUGCGAAAUUCAUGUAACGUGCCUGUUGACAGCAAUGUCCUCUAUGAGAACAUCACCAGCGGUGGUAUCCAUUACGGUCGUCUUUUCCAAGGACUGGCCGAUAUCUCUGUGAGCAGGGAUAAUCAAGCCAUGGCUACUGUCCGUAUUCCAGACACGAAGACAGCGAUGCCUUACGAGCAUGAGACCCCGUGCAUUGUGCACCCUGUUACGCUCGAUUUAUGUAGUCAACUCAUGUGGGUCCUUCGUGGUUAUGGCGAGCCUGGGCCGAAAAUCACCCAUGUGCCGUCCCAUGUGAAGCAGGUCUCCCUUUGGCUGUGCCACGAAAUGAGUGCUGGCACUGUACUGCAGCUGUACGGUAGCAAAUCAGGAAAUGAAUCGGCAAGCAACCCUGAGACAAACCGCAUAUUCGCCACUGCUCCCAGUAACCCAGCAAGUCUGCUGAUUGAUAUCAAUGGUAUCACCCUGGUGCCGGUAUCAAACGAUAUCAAAGGUUCAAAGGACACUUCACCUGACCAGAUUUGCUACAAGAUGCAAUAUGAGCCCUGCUUCGAUUUCCUCUCCGCUGAAGAUUAUCGACAGUUACCUCGCCCUGAGACUGAUGUGGCUCAAGGCAUUGAACGUAUGCACCAACUCGAAUCGGUGGCAGAGUACUACCUUGCACAGAUGGUAAAUACAGUGACAGAAGACGAAUUGUCGAACUUCGAGCCCCAUCAUCAGCAAUUCUAUCGCUGGGCCAAGAAAACCUGCCAAAAUGCGGGCACUAAAGAUGCCUUGCCCCUUGAAGUUCUCGAACAGAACCGAAUUUCCAAUGGAGCGGGCGAGUUAACAUCCAAAGUUGGAAGGAUACUUCCUCAAAUUCUCAGGGGCAAGGUAGACGCCUUGACUGUACUUCUGGAGGACGAUGGAAUUGGAAGGCACUACAGUGACCUUGACGGUCUUCGUGAGGCUUAUGCUAAUGCCUCUGUCUGCAUUGACAAGAUGGCACAUCAGAACCCUACGCUCAACAUCAUUGAAAUUGGUGCUGGAACAGGUGGUGCUACUAUGCCUAUUUUGCAAAGUUUGGGCGGAAGCGAGGGAGGACCUACACCACGGUUCGGGCACUAUACCUACACCGAUAUUUCUCCUGGCUUCUUUGAAAAAGCCAAGACAAAGUUCGAGAGCUGGGGACAUCUCAUGACAUACAAGACACUAGACGUGUCAACUGAUCUCACUGUCCAAGGCUUUGACAAUGGCACAUACGAUGUUGUAGUUGCUUGCAAUGUGCUGCAUGCUACUUCCGACAUCAGUCAGACAAUGGCCAACAUCCGAGGCCUUUUGAAACCUGGCGGCAAGCUGUUACUCAUUGAGGAGACCGUUCCCAAGGCACGCCACUUCCCAUUCGCCCUCCUCCCUGGAUGGUGGCUGGCCAAUGACAAAUUCCGUAAGGACGGACCGCUCCUCACUGUCGAGGGAUGGAGCAAUGUGAUGAAGGAGAAUGGCUUCUCUGGGGUUGAGUUGUGUGUUGAGGAAUAUCCCGGAGCAUCUUUCCAAUCUGGUUGUGUCAUGACAUCCACCGCUAAUAGCCCAAUAACUGGCCCUAAAAACGCUGGCGAUGUUGUGAUUCUAGGCAUUGAUUCGAUUGGUGGUGUAUCGUCUCUUGCCCUCGAAUCUGGUCUUAGAAGGAUGACUGGUGUUGACCCAAUCACCGCCAUGGACUCUGAUGCGGUUGAUGUUAGCGGGAAGUGGUGUAUUUUCCUUGGGGGGAUGGAUCGCUCGAUCUUAUCGCACCUCACUCAACAAAAAUUUGAGACCCUGCAGCGUCUUCUGAGUCGGGCUCGAGGCCUGCUGUGGGUUAUUCGUCACACCAAAUCUGACCUGGAAUCCCUUGGCGCGAACAUGGCAAUUGGACUGGCUCGCACUGUGAGAUCAGAGACUGGCCUUCAGUUCGCCACACUCGACCUGGGAGAGCGAGAGAGUAUGUCUGAUGCUGAGACCGUCAGCCACAUGCUCAAGGUAUUUAACGGAGCCUUCUGCCAGAAAUCACAGCUGGCCCAGAACGACUGGGAGUUUGUUGUCCGCAAUGGCAAAGUUUGUGUGCCUCGCUUGGUUGAUAACAACGCAUUGAACCUAAGUGUCCAGCAAGAGACACCAGAUGCUCCUCCCCAGAUGCAGCCUUUCAAACAAGCUCGGGCUUUGCGACUUGCUGCUGGAGAUGCGAGGGGUCUUGAUGAGCUUUACUUCACAGACGAUGUUUCCCGGGAUGGACCCCUGCCAGAAGACCACAUUGAGAUCCAGGUCCACAGCACUGGUCUCAACUUCAGAGAUGUCUUGAUGGCCAUGGGGCAGCUUCACGGCGACAGACUCGGGCAGGAAUGCAGUGGGGUCGUGACUCAAGUAGGAGCUGCGGUGUCUGACUUCAAGAUCGGAGAUCGAGUCUGUGCAAUGUCACCCGGUUCCUUGUCAACCUUCACUCGUUGCCCGACCUCCGGGUCCUUGGCCAUUCCCCGUGAUAUGCCCUUCGAGAUCGCAGCUUCGAUCCCAGCUGUGUUCUGUACUGCUUACUACUCCCUCAUUGACCUGGGGCGAUUGACUAAAGAUGAGAGGGUCUUGAUCCACGCCGCCGCAGGAGGCGUUGGCCAAGCUGCAAUUAUAAUUGCCCAGAGUGUUGGAGCUAAUAUUUUCGCAACCGUUGGCAGUGUCGAAAAAAAGAACUUCCUCAUGGAAACUUACCAGCUCAAAGAAGAAAACAUUUUCUUCAGUCGUGACAUGUCAUUUGCACAAGGUAUUCAAAAUGCCACUGGCGGUCAGGGUGUGGAUGUUGCUCUUAAUUCCCUUAGCGGUGAUGCUUUGCAAGCAACAUUUGAGUGUGUUGCGCCGUUUGGUCGCUUCAUUGAACUCGGCAAGCGAGAUAUAACGACAAAUUCUCGAUUGGAGAUGGCUCACUUCAACAAGAAUAUCUCCUUCGCAUCUGUUGACUUGGGAAUGGUCAGAGAGAAGCGCCCGCAAUUGACCAAGCGCCUACUGCGUGAUGCGUUCAAACUGUUUGUCGAUACCAACGCCCAGUCCAGGUGGUGUGUCACUACUCUUCCCAUCUCAGACGUUGAGACCGGCUUCCGGGCCCUGCAGGGUGGACAAGUGAUCGGUAAAAUGGUCGUCCAAGUGACGGAUGACUCGAUGGUUAAGGUCCACCCCGCUAGAAGGGACGAAAACUUGCUCCGCUCAGACGCCUCAUAUGUUAUCGUUGGUGGAACUGGCGGAAUUGGUCUCAGCAUUGCUAGUUGGCUGCCAGAGAAAGGAGCCAAGAAUCUUAUUCUGGUUUCUCGAAGUGGUGUCAAGACUGAACAGGCAGAACAAACUAUCCAGAAUAUUAUCCACCAGGGUGUCAAUGUGAAAAUCUGUCAUUGCGAUGUGGCAGAUAAGCAGAGCGUGGAGCAAAAUCUCCUUCCGCUCCUCACUCGCAUGCCUCCCGCGCGUGGUGUUAUAUUUGGCGCUAUGGUCCUCCGGGAUACCCUCUUUGAAAAGCUUAGUUUCGCGGACUACCAGACCGUGAUGAUGCCUAGAGUCCACGGAAUCUGGAAUGUUCAACAGUCAUUGACAAAAACUAACGGAAGCGUGGAUUUCUUUGUCUGCCUCUCGUCUGCCUCUAGUUUUGUUGGUAAUAUGGGCCAGUCCCCCUAUGCAGCCAGUGGAACCUUCAUGUCAGCGAUCGCCCAGUACCCCGAGACAGCCAAGAUGCGUUGUUCGACGAUCGAUCUGCCCAUUGUUCGCGGAGUCGGAUACCUCUCCGACGACCAGAAGCGUGAGGCAAUCUCCAAACAACUUGGUACGGAGUCCGUCGAUGCAACAGAUAUCCGUGGUCUUGUAACUGCAGCAAUCCGCAACGAGUUCGACGACUCAUGCGAAGGACACUGCAUAGUUGGCUUUGCAGCCGUCAAAUCCACACCUGUCAGUGAACAGCCGUUCUGGGUAAACGAUACCAAACUGUCUCACUUGUUGCGGCUCUCCACUCUCGCUGGUGCAGGUCUACUGGUUGAGUCUGCGCAGAACGGUACUGAGAUUUCGCCGGCACUUGCUAUCCGGCAAUCGAAGACCCGCGAAGGGACCGAGGCCAUUAUUGGAGUUGCUGUGCUAAAUAAGAUUUCCAGCAUCCUUACGCGUCCGAUGGAAGAACUUGAUCCUGCUGCACCUAUCUCGGUUUAUGGUCUGGAUUCGCUGGUUGCUAUUGAGAUCAGAAACUGGAUCACCCGCGAGUUGGAAGCUAAUUUGCAGAUCCUGGAGAUUUUGACGAGUGAAUCUGUGCCAGCUCUUGCUGAGACGAUUCUCAAGAAAUCUGGUAUACUUACUCCUGACCUGAAGGUGGAAUGGGGUCUUGAUGGAAUGGAAGGCCGAACUGCCUAA